AUGGCGGCCAGCUGCGGCACCUGCGCAAUCUGCCUGGCGGAGCUGCGCCCCGAGGAUGAGGCUUUCCUGGACGAGUGCUGGCACCACUUCCAUUUCGCGUGCAUCCGCCGCUGGGCAGAGUGCGGGGUGGAGCAGGCGGCGGCAGCACAGGGCGGCCCUCAGCUGUCGUGCCCGCUCUGCCGCCGCCCCUUUGCGUCUGCCAUCUAUGACUGCCAUGACACAGCCUACAGGCGGCGCUACUUCUUGCAAGCCCCAGCCCGCCGCGUGCGCAACGGCGGCGGCGGCAGAGGUGGCGGCGGAGGGCCCCACGGCAGCGGCUCGCUGCCGCUCACCGUGCAGCACCGCCGGCGGCGGGCAGCCUACUCCUCUGCGCUGGAUGGCAGCGCCCGGGAGCGGCUGGCGGCGCAGCGCCUGACCCCCCGGCUGGCGCAGCGGCCAGAAGUGGAGGCGUUUGUGGGGCGGGAGCUGCAGGCUCUGAUGCUGCAGCAGGACGUGGCCCUGGUGGCGCAGCACGUGCUGGGCACGCUGCGCAAUGCCGCCUCCGCGCCUCCCGCGGCGCCGCCGCCCGCACCAGGCGGGGCAGGCCGUGCGGCAGGCGCCGCGAGCCGCUCGCUAGCAAGACCGGCACCAGCACCAGCACCAGCACCAGCACCAGGCAUUGCAGCCACGGCGGCACUGCCAGCUCGCAGCCAGCUCAGCAGGCCGGCCAACGGUGGCAGCGCCGCUGCGGGCGUGCCUCUGCCCGAGGUGGCGGUCAGGGUGCAGGCGGCGGCGGCGCCAUUCCUGUUUGAGCAUGCCGAGCGCUUUGCUUGGGAGGUGGCAGCCUUUGCGGCCUCUGGCUGCGCCAGCCUGGCAGCUUACGAUUGGCAGACGCUGCAGCUGGAUGCAGCCGCUGCCGCUGCCGCGGGCGCCGAAGCACGCCACCAGCUGCAGGAGCAUCAGCAGCAGGUCGCAGUAGGGGGCGCUGGCACCAGCACGCGGCGGCAGGGCAGCGACAGCGACGAGGAUGGCUACUAUGGCAGGAGCAGCAGCAGGAGCAGGAGCAGGAGCAGCAGCAGCAGCGGCGGUGAGGACCGCGGGCGGCGGCGGUCUGCGGAGGCGCAGCGGUCGGACAGCGAAGGCUAUCUGGAGCUGCUGCUGCUGCAGGGGCGCAGCAGGGCUCAGCGUGGGGGCAGCGCACCACCCGAGCGGACACUUGCGGCCGGGAAACCCCAGCCAGCAGCAGCAGCUGGGGCCACAGAGGAGGAGGCAGAGGGGCCACGGGGGCGCCCCGUCAGCUCCUCAAGUUCCAGAGGCAGACGCAGAAGCGGCAGCAGGGGUUUAGAGAGCGUGCCACGCAGCGGCAGCGAUGGCAGCUUGUCGCCGCGGCACCGCAGGCAGCACCGCAAGCACAAGCGGCGGCGGCGGCGGCGCCGGGAUCGCAGCCGCAGCCGCAGCCGCAGCAAGGAGGGCCAGCGACGGAGGCGGGGAGGUAGUGGCAGGCCAGGCAAGAAUGGUACCGCCAGCAGCCCUGGAGCAAAUGGGAGGGCAGGAGCCGAUGAGCCGGCAGCUGAUGCAGCGGGCGACCCUCCAGCUGUGGAAGGCCAGCUGCCGGCAGCCGCAGAGCUGGCCGCGCACCGGCAGCAGGCGCUGGCGGCGCUCCAGCGGCACCGGCGCGGGCAGCUGGACGAACAGGCGUGACGGCCUGCUGGCUCAGCCUGUGACAGACCCUGUUCUCAUGCAGCAUGUUUCAGAACAUGCAAGAAAUUGCAUAAAGGAGCACUCUGUUAAUUUAGGUGC